AUGGCGAGCAGUUCAAGCGGCGCUUCCGCCCUUCUGCUCUCCGCGCGUUCCGAGGCAAGCCUCCGUUCGAUGUAUCAGUCCCACGAGAAGAACGCCUCCUUCUCCUUCGAUAAGCUCGACCCGUUAUUGAGCAGUCUCUCCCCCGAAUCUACCCUCCAAGCUCUCUCGUCGACAAACGCCGUGCCCAAACACGAGAAGAUUGCGCAGGACCUUCUCACCAACAGCAUAGCCCAGGUUUCUCCCGCAGAACGUGCCCUAUGUGUUCGUGCUGCCGUGGCAGCGCAGAAGCUGGGGCAAUGGUACAGAGAAGUGCGGACAUGGUCCUGGCCGCAAGGCAAAGAUGCGCACCUGGGUAAGGGGUUCAUCCCCCCGUCAUCUCCUCCCGUCAGCGAAAAUGCGUCCGAAACAAUCUAUUAUGGCAGUCUCCCGGCGAACGCGGUUGAGAAGUACGAACGCCGCAUCGAAGAAAUCCGGGAUGGGAUAGACACGUUGGGAAUGGAAGAGCUGAAGGAACACGUUCUCAAUGCCCACGUCCCCUAUCGCUCUCGGCCCUCUUCUUCGGCGAGCACCAUGUCUGCGCCUCCCCCACUUAGCUAUGUCCAAUUAAGUGACUUUACUACCGUUAUCACCGCCACCAUACUGCGUGCCCUGCCGCUUUUGUCUCGCCUCAACAGUCUCCUUUCCACCUGGGAUGCCCGGCUUCUUGCUCUACGUCAGAUUCCCGAUCUUCUGCAUGGCCUGCGCUAUACACGGGGCGCGCUCGAUUCGUCGUUUCGCUCUUUACGGUCUGCGGAAUCUCCUAGAGAACACGACACCUUGUAUUCCAGAGCCAAUUUCCGCGCCAAACAGGCCGAACUGGAGCGCAUGGUUGUCUCCGUUGGGAGAAAAAUGGACGUAAUCCUCGAUGCGCUGGAAGGCCGCGAAGACUCCCUGCCGGAAAGCUGGAUUGACGAUCUGGAAGCCAUCGAGGCUGAUUUUGGCAACUGGGUUGUCGACGCCGAGAGACGCACUGUCGCAAACGAAUUGAUCCGUCUGACGGCAGCGACCAAGAAAGCUUCCCAGAUCCCUUCCAAAGCACCCACCGAACCCGAAAAUCCGACGACACAGGUCCGUUCUUUCAGUACAACACGCCCAAUCGGGCGCGCCCCGAUGGGGACUAUUAAUGAGGAACCAGGUUAUAACCCCGAACCCAAGUCGGCCGAUGUACCUGACCAACCUAGGGUGGCACCCCCGCAAGUUGCUGCUCCGGAUGCUCCUGAACCCGACGCGAACCGCCUUCUCCACAAUCCUCGCGUGGUACCUACGCAGACACCCCUUCCUCCUCCUGUUAUUCCUGAACGCCACUCGAACAGUAUCGCCGAUGAGCAGCGCGAUGGCCCAGCAGCUACGAAAACUUCUACUUCUCCUCCUGUUUUGGAAUUCCAUCCUUCAUCCCCGCCGAAUGGUACGGACGUUGCGAAACCCAGCCUUGACUCUGGGGCAAGCACUCUACAACGGGGAACUACUCCUGCCGUAUGCGAGAGCGAUGCUGCGCAGCGGGAUACAGGCGCAGAUAUUGCAGAGCCUAGUUCUGCCGCGAAGGAACUUGCGCUAGCGGAGAACGCGGAGCUUGGAGUUGACGCAUCUGAUCAACCUGCCCGUCAGACGGAAGAAACUGCUCGGUUGAAUCAACCCGAGGAGAACGAAGCCCGUGAACCAGAACGAACCCCGGCCCCGCAUAAUCCUGUUUCCGAAAUAGUCGGCACUAAGAAGACGGUGUCCUCAUCUCAAAGUGAGUCUACAAGGGAACCCAAAGUUCCUGUUGACAAGUCCGAUUCUGCCAAUAAUGAAAAAGAUGAAAUGGGUGCUCUACUAUCAUCUGUUAAUGUGCCGUCAGUUGCAUCUCCAACUACAGCCUCCGAGGUCGAAUGUAAAACCGAAAGCUCCGUGCCUGACACUCGAACUGGAGAUUCAACUGUUGAAAAGUCAUUUGCCGGUGCACAUCCUUCUUCAGCUUCCCUGGACACUACGGAUGCCCUUGCCAAUCAGAGCUGUCAGUUUCGCAUCACUGUGGAGGAUGUGGAGGGUGAUACGCCACCAACAUCUGCCUCGGGUCCAAAUCCGGCACGCUCUUUCAUAGAAGAUACGUCUGCCACUGCGAAACCGAAACCCAUGACGAAUGUUACCUCACCGCUUGACGGAUCAGCUCUUCCUUCUGAAUCGCCGAAGACUCCAGUCUCAGAGCUGGAAUCCACGAAGAAAACAACCACUGAACCUCGUGCGACCAGGGUACCGGUUUCUCCCGCCGUAGUCAUGGUCGACGAUUCGCGGUCUUCUGAGUCCACCGGCCCUUCCUCGGAGCGCGAUGACCGUCCCAUUUCUCGUGACGAUGACCAGGAAGCGUUUGGUGUACACACGCCCGCCGAAUCUGAUAUCGCCAACCAAGCAGAGACAGAUGCAGGUGCUCCUGCCCCCGUACCUGCGCGGCAUAGGUUGGAUAGCCCUAUCAAGCUACCCGGCCUCCGGUUAGAGCGUAUCGGUCUCGAGAAGGGCGUUGCAAAUCCUCGCCGACGAGGAUCCAGUGCCUCUGACGACUCUAUGUCCGAGUUCCCAUCCCUCAUCUCUAGUCCCGAGGUCCGAGCAAAUGUUCCUGCAUCGCCGAACGGAACUCCUGUGCCCCUUGAAAGUCCUCCGCGACCUUCAGCGGUGGAUCCAGUUUGUGACCGUACUCCACCAAAUCCUAGCCAUACCCUUCGAGCACACCAUCUACUUCGCCUAGAGAGCCAGAAGAAUACCGCAUUUAAACACAACCGAGCCGUUAGCCUACCACUUGAACGCUUCAUUAAUGAACGGUUCAACUUCAAUGGCGAAUCCGGUUUUGAGGUGGAUGAUGGUAUAACGCCCAGACCAGCCUCAGCCGCGCUGUUCGACUACGAACGGUCGGGCAACAAGGGGUCGGGAUUCGAUUCUGGCAACGUAAUGCCACUAAGGCCUGGCUUCUCUGCUGAAGAAGUCCCGGGGGCAGUAUCAGAAGCGAGCUACUUCCCUUCACCGGGUUCAGAGCGCUCAAGAGACUCAAUACCUGGAAGUCCAGGCUAUCGGCCUCAGCUGUUGAACUUGGCCAGCUAUCUGAACAACCCUAGGAUAAACAAACGGCUAAAGCGCAAUCCUAGCCUUGAGAGCCUGGGACUAUGGCGGCCAGAAUCCCCACGGCAGCCCGAAGAUACUCGGUCCCGAGCGUCGACGUUCAGCAGAGCGUCGAAACAGCCCACAGAUUACAUGGACGAAAAGAUUAGCUCCAUCCUUACGAAUAUCCCGGCGCGUAUCCAUCUGGUAUCACAAUCAGGUCACAAAAUCCACGAGUCACCUAUCAUCUCAUCUUUGGCUGAAAAAGAGCGACAACGUUAUCUCGCAGGAUCCCCAGAUGGGUCACCGACACGCAGCAGCACUCCUGCUCCUUCCUUAUUCCUAACCUCUGUUGGAUCUCGCAGCAGAAGACAGUCGUCCUCGUAUACGCCCGAAGAUCGUUCUGUGAGGGUCUACCACCUUGGAGAUCAGAAAUCCAACCCCACUAAGCUUUUCGUUCGUUCUGUCGGGGAGAAUUCGGAGCGACUCAUGGUGCGAGUUGGAGGAGGAUGGGCCGACCUAGCUGAAUACCUAAGAGAAUACGCCUUCCAUCAUGGGCACCGAAAGUCGGGAGAGGCGCCUCAGACUGCGGCAGAACGGCGGUCGCCUGGCGACCAUGCACCCAGGCUGAAACCAUCUCGACCGAAUUCUGCUCUCAGCUCGCGACCUCCCUCGCCCCUUUUUGUUCGGAAAACUCGACGUGGCUCGAAUGUAUCCGCGAUAUCUGAUCUCCGCGCGACAAGGGAUAAACUGAACCUUCCACCACCAGCUUCGAACCUCUUUGCUCGCCGCCGAGAUUCACAAUCGUCCGCGGCCUCCGUGUCGGGUGGAUCUCGUCCGCCUUUGUCUACUUCUCCACCAGCCUCCACAGUUUCCAGCCCGCAAUCAACGCCACUCGGUCUAGCAGGGCCAAAGCCACGAUCGCGGCACGUCUCCAUGUCCCCCGAGAGUGAGGCAUGGGUAGAAGAUGUGCUUGGUCAGGCCAGGCGAACCUCUGCCACCCUGAAGCCACCUCCCAUCCUUAAGAGCAGGGUGUCGUCUCUCCCUCAAAUGCGGGGUGUUCACGAUAUCGGACCGGCCGGGCGACAGCAUACUUACUAUGAAUGA